CCUCCCUGCCAGAUCCCGUAUCACGUCAUACAACCAAUGCGUUUCUCCUUUCUCGUCGUCGUUGCUGCUUUGAUAGCGUCUAUGUCGGUCAAUGCCACACCGGCUAUUAUCGGCGGGCGAGGUUGUUUUCUACCUCGCUGGCCUUGCGACAAUGGUGAUGAGUGCUGCAGUGGAUACUGUCAAGCCAUUGUGAGUAUUCGGAGUAGUUUGCUUUGCAUCCAACAUUCAACACCUUUUGACCCUGCAAUGUAAUAGGCGCGCGUGGGGUUUUGCUGGUAAGAUGACCGUUCC